GCCGUUCACUCUCGCACACAUUCUUUGCUGAUUUUUGAACAAGUGUUUUGUAUAUAUAUAUAACGACGACGAUGGACCGAAUGGGCAAGCACCUGCAGAUGCCGCCGAUGACGAGCAGCAGCGGCGGCGGCAGCUCGUCGCCGCCGCCGCCGCCGCCACAGCAGCAGCAGCAGUACCGGGGCGUGCGGAAGCGGAAGUGGGGCAAGUGGGUGUCGGAGAUCCGGCAGCCGGGGACCAAGACGCGCAUCUGGCUGGGCAGCUUCGAGUCGGCCGAGAUGGCGGCGGUGGCGCACGACGUGGCCGCGCUGCGCCUGCGCGGCCGCGACGCGCAGCUCAACUUCCCCGGCUGCGUCGGCUGGCUGCCGCGCCCCGCCAGCACGCGCCCGGGCGACGUGCGCGCCGCGGCCGCCGCGGCCGCCGACCGGGUGCGCUGCGACCCGGCGCUGCUGCUGCUGCAGCAGCAGGCGGCCGCGGCGCGGUGCCGCCACGACGACGAGGUCGAGCUCGACCUCGUCGGGGCCGGCGGGCCGGGGGCCGAGCUCCUCCUCGGCGGGAGCGACGAGGAGUUCGAGCUGGACCUGGGCUCGCCCAGGCUGUGGGCCGAGAUGGCGGAGGCCAUGCUCCUGGACCCGCCGGGCUGGGCCACGGGCGUCGGCGACGCGGAGGUGGCCCAAUGCUGGUCGCACGGCUCCCUGUGGGACGCCUGCUAGCUCUGAAGCUCUCUCUCUUCCUCACCGGCUCACCCGGCUGGCUGCUCAUCAAUUUGGCUUGCCUGCAAGUGUUUGGCAUUGGCCAUGGCCACUGGACGCUGCUAACCUCACAGGUGUCACAGUGCUUUUGGUGUGUGCCACUGUGAGAGCGUCUCGAUUGCUUAAUCCUCCUGUGUGUCUUCGCUUUCUGCUUCUGGGCUUGCCGUUUUGGUUCGUGCUAAUUAGCUGUAUAUUAGGCAAUGAUGACAAUCUUGGUCAUUGGUCAAAGUCUCAAAGAUACCACUGAUAUUAUUAUGGUUUGAUUUA